AUGAUCCCCUCCACAACGGCUCUAAGAGCCUUACGGCAGACCCUCCGCCAGCUUAGCAUCUCCCCGAUAUCCAACCCCUCAUCGGUGGUGCCGUCCUUUGUUUUCCCAAUCAGUCAGGUCCGAUUUGCGUCUAUCAUCGCAGACCUUCGAGAUAUUCGUUCACAACAUACAAACAAGAAACGUGUCGGUCGCGGUCCUUCAUCCGGGAAGGGCAAGACAUCCGGUCGUGGUCAUAAAGGUCAGGGUCAGCGUGGUGGACACAGGCCCAAUAACUUUGAGGGAGGUCAGACACCUCAAUCGAUUGUGAAUCCUGAAAAGGGAUUCAAGAAUCCACUGGUGAAGCAUUUUACGGCGUUGAAUCUGGGUACAUUGCAACAAUGGAUCAAUCAGGGACGAAUUGAUCCAACGAAGCCGAUCACUUUGAAGGAAUUGUUCGAUUCGAGGGCAGUGCAUGGGAUUAAGGACGGCGUCAAGCUAUUGGCUAGAGACGUUGACCAAUUCACAACUCCAGUCGAAAUCGAGGUUAACAAAGCAUCCCGACAGGCCAUUGAGAAGAUCGAAUCUCUAGGGGGUAAGGUUACAACAAAAUUCUACACAAGAGAGGGCAUUCGAUUCAUUACAAGGCCACAUCUAUUCCCUGACGGUCACAGGCUGGCCGGUCCAACCUCGAGAUCAGAUAUCGAGUACUACAGAGAUCCAGCGCAUAGAGGUUACCUCACACAUCUUGUCAGGCCUGGCGAGACUCCAAGUUUGUUCUGGGGUAGGAAACCUCAAGCAAGGAAACCAGCGGCUGAGAAGCAGACACCUACUGUGAAGAAGAGUGCAGAGGAGCUUGAAAUACAGAAGAAGAAGAAGGAGUUGAGGAAGGCACAAUCCGAAAACAGGGUCUUCUAG